AGGGAAAAGGCAAACCUUGCUGUUACCCUCUGCAAUGACAAGGAGGCGAUCAUGGCCCAGGCUACCUUCGUGGACUAUCCCAACUGGAAUGUCUCCAAUCAGGACAACUGGGUAUCUGUGUUCCGGGAGCUUGACAGUGAAAUCCCAUGCACACCUCUGAACACGUUGUUCCUGCACCUCUUUGUGGCUGUGGAUGAGUAUUCCGUUGGCUGCUGCAAAGAGAUUAUUCGGACCGUGUUUAAGGCAGUGCCAGAACUGCACUUCAUAUUCCUCAUAGUGCCAUCCUACAUGAGCCUAGGCUCGACUCUCAUAACUGUGUUUGAGCAAGUGGGGAACAUUCCAAGUCUGACGUAUGACGAGGACUUUGCCGUGCAUAUAUGUCACAGGCACAGCCAUUACCCCCAGCUGCACGUCCGCAACGCCAGGGUGGAAGAUCAUGAUGAUCUCAUGCCGAUAUUUAUGCGCUACGAUACGCUCCUGAAGGAAACUUAUGGCGAGUACUUCCUGGCUGAACUAAUAGAGGCCCAAGACGAAGAGAAUCAUGCUGUCGUGUGCGAGGUGUCCUGUGUCUUCAGUCUCCUGUAAUCGGAACAACUCCCCGGUCUGUCU